ACUCUCCGUAGCUGGUAGAAUUUCUGUUGAGGUCCUUUUGAAUGGGUUGAAAAGGAAAGUGGACUUGAUAGUGUUGAAGACAGGUCAGGAUUUCAUACCAUUAAUUGGGCGCAAUUGGUUGGAAUUCUUUUUCCCGGAUUGGAAAAGCAAUUUUGCUAACAAGCACGAGAUAAAUAAUUUGGCCGUUGAUGUUGUGCCUAGUGACAUAGCUACGAAGCUGAUUUAGUUUUCAAACCGGAACAACCCAUAUUCAAGCGUCCAUAUCAAAUACCGUAUAAAUUGAAGGAAAAGUUUGUGGAGCAUUUAGACAUGUUGGAAAAGCAAGGAGUCAUUACACCUGUGAAAGCGAGUGAAUGGGCUUCCCCAGUGAUUGCAGUGGUAAAGAAGGAUGAUGAAAUUAGAAUGGUAAUAGACUGUAAGGUUUCAUUGAACAAAAUUUUAAUACCGAACACUUAUCCUCUUCCACUUGCGCAAGACAUAUUUGCUUCUUUGUCUGGUUGUAAAUUUUUCUGUUCACUUGAUUUGGCUGGUGCAUACACUCAGCUAUUACUUUCAAAACGUUCUAGAAAAUACGUUGUGAUAAACACAUUAAAAGGGUUGUUUAUUUACAACAGGUUGCCGCAAGGUGCAUCAUCUAGUGCUGCUGUGUUUCAGCAAAUUAUGGAGCAAAUUCUUGGAGGUUUGGACAGGGUUUGUUGUUAUUUAGAUGAUGUCUUAAUUGCGGGAGAGACAUACGAGGAAUGUUUGAGCAAAUUAGAAAUGGUGCUAGAAAAAUUGACAAUUGCUAAUGUUAAAGUAAAUUUUAAAAAAUGCAAAUUUUUUGUUUCUUCCUUACAAUAUUUGGGACAUGUUAUUACCCAAGAUGGUUUACUACCAGCACCAGAAAAGCUUUCCACAAUUAAUAAUGCUAAAGUACCUAAAAACGUAAGUGAGUUAAAAGCUUUUUUUGGGCUUAUAAACUAUUACAACAAAUUCAUUCCAAGUUUAUCUACAAAAUUACGUUGUUUAUAUAGUUUGUUGAAGAAAAAUGUUCGUUUUGACUGGACUGAUGAGUGCAAUGAAGCUUUUAUUAAUAGCAAAAAUUGUUUAUUGAAUGCUAACAUUUUAACAUAUUAUGAUCCCAAGAAACCCUUAGUAGUAGUUACAGAUGCUUCAUCUUAUGGAUUGGGAGGUGUUCUAACACAAGUAGAGAAUGAUGUGGAAAAGCCAGUGUGUUUCACAUCGUUUUCAUUAAAUUCAGCACAAAGGAAAUAUCCCAUUUUACAUUUGGAGGCGCUGGCACUAGUUUGUGUUAUUAAAAAAUUUCACAAAUUUUUAUUUGGGCAGAAAUUUAAAGUCUUUACAGAUCACAAGCCACUCUUAGGUAUUUUUGGAAAGGAAGGCAGACAUUCUAUUUAUGUAACUAGAUUACAGCGUUAUGUAUUGGAACUUUCAAUAUAUGAUUUUGAUAUUGAGUAUCGUCCAGCAUCUAAGCUUGGAAAUGCGGAUUUUUGCAGUCGUUUUCCAAUUGAACAAAAGGUGCCAAGCAAGUUUGAUUACGAAUGUGUAAACAGUUUGAAUUAUUCAGAUGAAUUGCCGCUGGAUUUCAACAUUAUUUCUACAGAAACAAAAACUGAUAACAUUUUGGUUGAAAUUAUUCAUUUUUUAAAUAAAGGUUGGCCUAGUAAUAUUCCAAAACAGUUUAAAAAUCUGUACUCACAAAAAGAAUCGCUGCAAUUUGUUGAAGGAGUUUUAUUACUAGAAAACCGGGUUAUUAUUCCAGAUAAACUAAGAAAGGCAGUUUUGAAACUUCUUCAUAUUAAUCACAGUGGUAUGGUAAAAAUGAAACAGUUGGCUAGGAAAACGGUUUACUGGGAAGGUAUGAAUAAGCAAAUAGAGGAUUACGUUAAAAGUUGUAAUUCUUGUGCACAAAUGGAAAUAAUAAGAAAGCCAGAGCAUUUGGGUAGUUGGCUGCCUACAAAUCGACCCUUCAGUAGAUUGCAUGCUGAUUUUUUUUAUUUUGAGGGAAAAACUUUUCUUUUGAUUGUUGAUAGUUUUUCUAAAUGGUUAGAAAUAGAAUAUAUGCGUUUUGGUACUACUGCAAAGUUAGUUAACAGAAAGUUUGCAGCAACGUUUGCACGUUUUGGGCUGCCCGAUGUAGUAGUUACUGAUGGCGGACCGCCCUUCAAUUCAAAUGAAUUUAUCACAUUUUUGAAAUCUCACGGUAUAAAUGUUAUGAAAAGUCCGCCAUACAAUCCGGCGAGUAAUGGGCAAGCAGAAAGAAUGGUUAGAGUUGUGAAGGAGGUUUUCAAAAAGUUUUUACUUGACGAUCAGACAAAAUCCCUAGAAAUAGAGGAUCGCUUAAAUUUAUUUCUUAUUAAUUAUAGGAAUAGUUGUCUUAGUGCUGAAGGAAUGUAUCCAUCGGAAAGGAUUUUUGCUUAUCAACCUAAAAUGCUUUUGGAUUUGAUUAAUCCAAAUAAAAGUUAUAAAAAAUUCAUUGACAAAACUCCUGAAAGGAUAGUUAUACCAGACAAAGGUGAAAGUUUUGAGCCAGAUUUAUUUGACAAGUUAGUGACAGGGGAUAAGCUGUUCUAUAAAAAUAAUAAAUUAAAGCAUGAUUUUCCGAAUUGGUUAGAAGCUAUAUUUAUCAAAAAACUUUCUACUAAUGUUUUUCAGAUUUCCCUGAGAGGUCAUGUUUUGACCGCACAUCGUAACCAGCUGAAAAUGGUGCAUGUGCCGCAGCAUAAGUCGAAGGUGAUGUUUACCUUCGGCAGCAACAAACGAAAACGAGACUCGUUAGAUGAAGAGGAUGAGUUUCGCGGGUUCGCAGAGCAGCAGAUUUUACCUGAUACGAGCCAUCAACAUGUUAAAAAGGCGCGUUCCGAAAGUUUUAAACGAACUAUAGUUACAAGAUCAAUGAGAAGAAAUUGUCUGGAUACAGAAAAGAAUUGAAUUAUAUAAAGUGUAAUGAAUAAGCAUUCCUAGUGCAAUCGAUUUUGUUUGUGUUAUACAUUUAAUCAUAUGUUGUGUAUUAUUGAAUUAAUAAUUCUCUAAAGAAUUAACUUUAGGAAGGAGAACUGAUGUGUUCUAUCAAGGGUUAAAAGCCGAAGCCGAAU